AUGGUUUCCCCUAUUAUUGUACCACCACCAAUCAACCAGAUCAACCCCAAAUAUGUGGAGGCUGGUAUGGAACCCAAAUUCGUUGAGCUCUACAACAAGUACAAUGUGGGCAGGCUAGCUACUCACCAGGUUCCAAUUGAAGAAUACAGAAAGGAUCCUAUGAAGUACACCAUUGCGUAUGGAAGAGAAACCGUUGCUUUUGACGGAAAAACCGAAGACCUCAAGGUCCCUGUGGAAGGAGGAGAAAUUAUCGUUAGAUACUAUGUUCCAAAGGAGGCUCUAGAUGACCCCAAACCUAGACCAACCUUCAUCGACUUCCAUGGUGGAGGAUGGGUAUUUGGAGGCCUCGGAACCGACGAUGAUUACUGUAAACGUGUUUGCAACGAAACAGGUGCAAUUGCGUUUAACGUGGACUACAGACUAGCUCCAGAGUUUCCGUUCCCAACUCCGUUAACUGAUUGCUGGGAUGCCUUCAACUAUAUCAUUGACCGUGCCGACAAGUUCAAGGUUGACAAGUCCAGAGUGGCUGUGGGUGGUUGUUCUGCUGGAGGCCAUUUGUCAGCUGUCAUUGCGCACAAGGCCAGAGAUGUUGGAAUCAAAAUCUGCUACCAAGUCUUGGGAGUUCCGUGCUGUGAUGCCACUGCUGUUACUCCAGACGGGAGUAAGGUAGCUCCAGGUUGUCCAUAUCCUAGUUGGACUGAAAACUACGACAACCCCUCGCUGCACUUUGACAGAAUGUCAUGGUUCUACCUGCACUUCCUGGGAUCUCCAAGACCUGCUAAGUAUGACAAUGAUCCUGAGGUUAAUGUCAUUCAAUCUACCAACUUCAAAGACCUUGCUCCUGCCAUCAUCGUAACUGCCGAGUUUGAUGUUCUGCGCGACGAAGGUGAGCAAUAUGGUAAACUGCUCCAAGACAAUGGAGUUGAGUGCGAAGUGGUCAGAAUGCCUGGAACUGUUCAUCCAUUCAUGUUAAUGGAUGAUUUUCUUGAAAGUGGUAAGACGUACAAUAGGAUUACCAUCGCAGGUUUGAAGAAGGCUUUUGCAUGA